UCACGACCAUUGCUCGUCAUUCUGUGAUGACGGAAUACCUAUCGCCAUGAAAUGGUCACACCCUGGAAGACGUUUAGUUAUCACGGCAGGGAAAUCUUCUUUGUGGUCAAGAUGGUCAAUUCGACCCAGAGUUCGGCCAGAUGAAUCUACUGGUUCACGAUUUUGCUGAAGCACUCAUUAAAUACGUGUUUCCACCCGACAUUAUCGACAGAAUUGUUACCACAUACAACUCUUCGAGGAGAACAUGGGAUUUGCAUCCGCAAAAUUACGUAAACUAUUUCCGGCAGGGAACGGCGACAUGGUUUCAGGCCACAAGACAGGAUCCGUACGAAACAGGUGGUAUGAACAUAUGCGACGAUGCCCGGCCCUGUAUUACAGAGAUGGACCUGAGACGGAAUAUUCUGACAAGGGAUGAGCCUUUGUUUAAUAUACUAAACACAGUUUAUAAUGACCAGAGAUGGAAUCUGACUGGAAAUGUAUCUGUUUGUCCGUGGUGAGAUGGACAUUUAUCUGUAUGUACGUAGUGAUAGAGACAUAUAUCUGUAUGUACGUGGUGAUAGAGACAUAUAUCUGUAUGUACGUGGUGGUGGAGACAUAUGUCUGUAUUUACGUGGUGAUAGAGACAUAUAUCUGUAUGUACGUGGUGAUAGAGACAUAUAUCUGUAUGUACGUGGUGAUAGAGACAUAUAUCUGUAU